AGCCAAUGGACCGACAUGUGCCUCUUCACCUCCAACGCCGGCCUCGGCCCCCCGCUCGGCAACUCCGAGGGCAUCUUCUUCGAUGCCGGGUGGUACGCCACCAAUCAGUUCGCCCUCGAAGUCAUCUUCCACAACCGGAUGAAGCGGUACGAGUGCCUGACAACUAACUCCUCCCGGGCCUCCGCCAUCUUUGUUCCGUUUUACGCAGGGCUCGACGUCGCCCGAUACCUCUGGAGCUACAACACAUCGGUUCGAGACUCGCUGUCGCUGGACCUCGUCCGGUGGCUCAAGUCGCAGCCGGAAUGGACGGCCAUGGGAGGGAAAGACCACUUUCUUGUGGCUGGGAGGAUUGCAUGGGACUUCAGAAGGCCCGGAGAGGAGGAAAAUUCUUGGGGUGGCAAGUUAUUGGUCCUUCCGGAGGCUAAGAACAUGACCGUGCUGGUGAUCGAAUCCAGUCCCUGGCACAGUAAUGAUUUUGCGAUACCGUAUCCCACCUAUUUCCACCCUUCCAAAGAUAGCGAGGUCUUUGCAUGGCAAGACAGGAUGAAGCAGCUGGAGAGGCCUUGGUUAUUCUCUUUCGCCGGUGCCCAACGCCCGAACCAGACCGGUUCGAUCCGCAGCCAACUAAUCGGUCAGUGUCGUGAGUCUCACCGGUGCAAGCUGCUGAACUGUGACUUGAACGCGAGCAAGUGCCACUCGCCGAGCAGCAUCAUGAAGACGUUCCAGAGCUCAGUGUUCUGCUUGCAGCCCCCAGGAGACUCAUACACGAGGCGGUCGGCGUUCGACUCGAUGGUCGCCGGGUGCGUGCCGGUAUUUUUCCACCCGGGGUCAGCAUACGUGCAGUACUUGUGGCAUCUCCCGCGGAACUAUACCAGGUACUCCGUGUUCAUAUCAGAGGACGAGGUGAGGGAGGGGAAGGUGAGCAUAGAGGAGGCGCUGAGUAGGUUCACCGAAGAGCAGGUGAGAGCUAUGAGGGAUGAGGUUAUUAGGCUGAUCCCAAGGUUAAUAUACGCGGAUCCUAGGUCUAGGUUGGAGAAUUCGGGAGAUGCCUUUGACGUGGCUGUGGAGGGAGUGAUUGAGAGGGCGGAGAAGCUGAGAAGGGAGAUGUUGGAGUUGGAGGGGUUUUCGUCGCCAUUGCAAGAGUCCAACAGCUGGAAGUAUUUUUUGGUGGGGAGCGAACGUAAGCACGAGUGGGAUCAUUUCUUUUUUGAAAAGAAACGUUCAUAAACAGGAAUUACGUACUCAGAAGGGUGGAUACAGCAAAAAUUGCUCGGAAUAUAAACCGUUGCUAACAAUUCAUUUUUUUUUUCUUUUCAUUUUUUUUUUGAUGAUAACCCGAAGCUAUAAAUUCUGUCGAUUAUAUAUUUUUUUUCCAUCAAUUUCAUUGAAAAUAGUCUUUGUAUUACCAGGCAAUUAAAACCAAAUGCUUGGGAGGUAGUUUGAUAACCCAGAAACUUCCAAUAGCCCCUUGACAUACACGAGCAACUCAGACAAACAGGUUGAUACACUCAAGGCGUAGCUCCUUGACAUACACGAGCAACUCAGACAACGGGAGACUGCAGAAGGCAUAUGGGAUCCUCUGAGGUGCAACUUUUGCACCAGAAUCUUAUACCAUUGCUGUCAGACGUACUUUUCAGAUCCAUGUCUCCGCACAUCUCCAAGAUGGAUAAUGUGAUGGUUAUUUACGAUAGUACCACACUUUUCCCUUCAAAAAUUGCACCAAAGAGGAUCCCGUUUUGGGGCACAUAACACAGCCUAUCGUCCACACGAUCGGUGGGAAGUGGCGUGGGCAAUGUCCUGCACCGGAGCCAAGCCUGAAAACUCUGCGACACCCCCUGCUGAAGGCCCGGUAGUGCUGAGGCAUGCUUCCCCGAACCUACUCGGGCAAUUGCUUUGCUCUCACCCGAUGAGUCCCAGUCUUGAGAUGGGGCUGAGCCGUUACCGCUGGCAUCUCUAGCUAACCGAUCAGGCGAGCUCAAGCUUGCCCAACACUUUUUAGGCAUAUGUUUGGAUAUUUCUAUAAGAAGGUUCUGAAAGAAUCGAGACAACUCCGGCGAGCCUUUGCCCACCUCAAUGCUGAUUUCCAACUAGUGCAGAAUCAUUAAUGUCCUCAAAAGCCAA